AUGUGUGCACUUAAUAGGAAAUUUGGUUUCCUGACGGGAACUCUGCAGAACUAUGCGAGAAAGUACAACCUGGCCAUUGAUCACCUGAGCUUCAAGUACAUUGUGUACCCGGUCAUCCGCGACCAGAAGGAAGUGCACAGACAGAUGGGGGAACUCAAAUUUGGCGAGGAAUUGGAGAUGGAUAAAGACCUUAAAGUGCCCGAAGAUGGUGUACUAGUCCAUGGCAUGUAUAUGGAUGCGUGCCGCUGGGAUAUGGAGGCAAUGACCAUGGUGGACUCUCUGAAGGGCGAGAUGCAAGGAGAGCUCCCCAUGCUCCACAUGCAGCCGGAGAUGGACUUUGAACCAGACCCUGCAAACUAUAUGGCUCCUCUGUACAAGACUGCUCUCAGAGCAGGCACACUCUCAACCACUGGUCAUUCCACAAACUAUGUAGUGGCUGUGUACCUCCCAUCAACACGCCCACAAGACUACUGGAUCGCUAAGGGAGCUGCCUGUCUCUGCCAGCUUAGUGAAUAAAGCAGAAUAAAACCAAGAACACUCGAUUAAAAAAGGAUGAAAAAUACAGCAUACUGAUUCCAGAUAUAAGGGAUUAAAUAAAGAUAAAGCAGAUGAAAAUCAAGAAGAUGAAAUCAAAAUAAAGAAAACUAAAAUCAACCAGAGUUUUAAUAUAACAUUAUGGAAUAACUUUACUUUGAUCAUUCAGUUUGUGAUGUGUGCUGUUUAUUCAAAUGAAAAAGUACUCUUAAGUUGUUGUUUUUUGAAACCUUAAAUUAAUUGAAUAUAUUCAACCUGCUGAGUGGCUUAUAAUGAAUAUUGUGUGUAAAUAGUGAGGUUGUUUUGGACAACAGAGACAUUGCUAAUUUAAAUAUUACCUUAUUAUACUGUGCUGACAUUUUGUGUACUAAACUGUGGAUGCAUUUGAACUUGAUUUGUGUUUUGUUGUUAUUUUUUUUACUUUGUUGACAUUUUGCUAAUGUGAUGGUUGUUAUUUCUUCCUGUGAUAUGAAUAUUAUUUUUUUCAUUGAUUUAUUAAACAAGCAUAAAACUGUGUAUAUACAUUGACCUUUAUAGAUGCAUCAUACAUAGUGUAAUGAUGUGUAGAAUACAUGUUAUUACAAAAUUCCUACCGUCAAUCUGGACUUGUGUAAGAAUAUAAUAAGAUAAUAUAUACAUAUUUUGUGAUACAAAUUUAAGACGUCCACUGAGAAUACAAAAUUUUAUAUCAUUUUAAAUGCACUUGUUAAAGUUUGAACAAAAAACAUGCCCUAUAUUAAACAAUGCAUUCUAAUAUAAAUUGAGUGUUUUUCUUUGAAUGUUUAUUAAUGAAGUGAUAAUAAUACUGCUGAACUUACGUGCAAAUCCGUCCUUUUUAUUGGUUUUUCUUAUAACCAUGAAAUGUAUUGAAGUAUUUGCACAUAGCUGGUUCCGUCCAUUCCAAACUUUACUUUCAAAGUUUAAUGAAGGAGAUAUUUCGACUUUUGUUUAUUAUAAAAUUUAUAUUUAUGAACCUAAUUUUAUUUAUUGUUUUUACUGGGACACUCUGUGAUUUGAAAUAAAGUAUUACACUAUCA